UUUCCAGCCCCCUAUUCUCCUACAUGGAGCUUGAGCUUAAUCUAGGGGUUUCUCCAGCUCUAGCAAAGGGCACUGCCAGGCAUAUGCUGACAUGUACACGCGCAGGCGAUGGAGAAGGCCAUGAUGAGCUUGUGCUAGAACUAGGAGUACGGACAGCCAAAGGAGACGAACUAGACAAUCUGGAGACAUCCAUGCAACCAGAAGACGUGCGGGAAGAAGAUCUUUACCAAGGCUGCCCUCAACCAACUGCCUCUGCAGAAACAGGGAGUGUGAGCUCAUCCUUGCAGGUGGAAGUUCCUAUGCGCCAGGCAGCUAAAGACAAGGGUGGAUUUGGUGGUAGAACCAAGAAAAGGCUGAGCAAGGAGCAGUAUGGGUUCCUGGAGGACAGCUUCAAGGAGCACAGCACCCUGACGCCAAGACAGAAUAGUGAUUUAGCGAGCCGGCUCAACCUUGGACCGCAGCAAGUGGCCAUCUGGUUUCAAAACAGAAGAGCUCGGACAAAGGUGCAGCAAACCAAGGAGGAGUGCGAGAAGCUGAAACGUGGCUGCGCGGCGCUAACACAGGAGAACCGAAGGCUCCAAGGAGAGGUCGCGCAACUGCGCGCCUUGCUUACCAACCCUGCAAGUUUUGCAGCCACCAACCAGCUCCGUUCCUUUGGGCACUGUGCAGCGGGGCCUGCCAGGGUCGAUUUCUCUUGUACUCCUCGUCGUAGGUGCUAGGGCAGCUCCACCAUCUCUGCCGCUGCCCGAUCGUCGACGACGCUGCAUGCUGCAGCCGUGCCAUGGCACUGCCGGCCUGGUGGCGUCCCAAGGUGCGUGUGGAUAACGUACGGUUAAGAAGAUGCAGGCGGGCGGUACAGGCAAGAUGGAUGUUCAGCUAGGCAAGACGUAUGCGCAGCGUGGAAAGGCCUGGGGGUUUGGCCAGCUGGUGCACCGGCACAUGUGUAUUAAGAGCUCCUUGUUACCGUACGUGUACUCUAUGCAUGUUUAUGCAAUAUACGCUUGUAUAGUAUGUUAAAUAUAUGUAGAUAUCGAGCGCUUUAUUAUUGUUUUGUGAGUUAAAAGGCUUGCUCCGGUUUCC